AUGGUAUGUCUGGUGGUGUCGUACGUGAUAUCCGUGGUCUACAACACGGCUGUAUUGGGCGCCGGUGUGACCGCGAAGUCCGUCAAACUCUUGUAUCAUCUCGUGUCUGGUGUGGCGCUGGUCUACGCGUAUUGCGGUCAUCACGUGAUCCACUCGAUGGCGAUGUGUCUGUUGUGUUACGCGACCAUCAGGUGGUGUCCCAUACGGGCGGCUCUGGUGGUCAAUAUGACGGUUCCGUUGGUGUAUCUCCUCGUGGUGUCCCAUACGGGCGGCUCUGGUGGUCAAUAUGACGGUUCCGUUGGUGUAUCUCCUCGUCGGCUCAAUACGGUGUGUUUAGCCAAGUUAGAUAUGGUAGCCAACCUGAGAAGGAGUUACACACGAGACACGGAUCCGGUGCUGAUCAACGCCGACACAGCGGUACUACGAAUGCCUACACUAUUGGAGUUCUUGAGCCACUGUUACUUCCCGUCCACUAUAUUAGUGGGUCCUCUCAUAUCGUACCGCAAAUACCAGUCAUAUAUCGAGUCAAACGAGAACCGACUGUCCGACUGCUGGCAAUUAGCCGCCGGACGCUUGUCUCUCGGUCUCCUAUACCUCGGGUUCUAUGUCUUAGGCACCCAUUACUGGCCGCAGGAGUAUCUCCUCAGCGAUCACUUCAUGGCCAGCAGUUUCUGGUGGAAAGUGACGGCAAUAGCGGUUGUAUGCAAAGUAGGAAUGACUAAAUACUUGGCCACUUGGCUC